AUGGAGAACGGCGGCGCCGCCCUGUCCCGGGAACGGCUCAUCGGCGAGCUCAAUCAGGGCAUAGAGCUCACGAGAGUCCUGGAGACCCACCUCGACUACGCCUCUCCUCUGGAAUUCCAGAGGCUGCUAGUCCGGAGCCUGCUGUCGACCCUCGCCAGGGCCGUCUCCAUUGCGAUGACCUCCCCCCAGUUUCCGCCGCUGCCGACUCCGGCAAGCUCACCCUGUCCCACGGAUGAAAGCCACGGUGGCGACGUCCACGGCCGAGGUUCCAAGAAGAGGUACCAGAUGAAACUUACACCCACCUUCUCCGGCGUUAAGAACCGUCGCUGAUGGGGGCUUCCCACAAACGGUGAUGGUGUUGCAGGAAGACGCUGGAGCCCCAGUGGACGCAGUGGAUUAGGGUUUCGUCGGCCGCCGGCGUGGAGGCGCCGGCCGAGGACGGCUUCAGCUGGAGGAAGUAUGGCCAGAAGGAAAUCCUCGCCGCCAAGUUCCCAAGGUGGGUUAAGGUCUCCCCUCCCCACCCUCCCAUCUAAUAUUUUCAGAUAACAGGGAUGAGGACGAGGGCAAGAGACGACCGGAUCCUAGAUACCAAGAAUAAUAAUACGAAGUUUUUCAAUAAUAUUAAUGUUAAUACGAAUAGAAGACAAUCUCAAUUAUGGGCAGCCGUCCCGUCUUUUCCUACAACCGAAACCGGCGGCGCACGUGCGGGUAUUCUAGCGGGUCCUGUUUGUUCCGAUGAGAUACAAAGUGAGACUGAUGGGGUGUUUAUCGGAUUCCGCUGCAGGGCCUACUACAGGUGCUCCCACCACAAGACGCGCGGAUGCCCUGCGAGGAAGCAGGUGCAGCGCUCGGACACGGACGAGCUCUUGUUCGACGUCAUCUACCAUGGGGUCCACAGUUGCGGCGCCCAGGGGCAAGUAGCCGCUAGCGGAGCGGCAGCGGUGCCGCCGGCCGCCGAAGCGGAUGGGGAGAAUUCCGAGCCUAGGCUGCGAAACGAGGCCCUAAUCCUCAACUUCAGGACCGGGCUCGCCAUCAAGCCGGAGGAGGUGGACGGCGGCGACGGCGAGCUGCCUUCCCCUCUCUUCCCCCUCGUUCCCGGCGAACCCGGCGGCGCUUCUUCAACUUUGGCGAUUGCGGGCCCCUCCGGAUCAGGUCAGCUUAGAGUUGACCCGGACUUUCCUGUCCUGGAGAUGGACCUCGGGGACUUCUUCUCGGCGGUGUUGGACCCGGAUUUCAUGGGGGACGCUGUGGAGUCCAAGCAAUAUCUCUCUUCCGCCCCGAGCUUCUUCUGUUGA